AUGUUUGGAUCAUUGGUGAGUAAAGUUGGUGUAACUCUGAAAAGUCAGCUCAUCAUCAGUGGAGAAUCUUCUUCUUCGUUAGCACCACCAGCUAAGUAUUUUCUGUUUACAGCAUUUCAGAAUCAAAAUUCUGUUAUCUCAAAUUCUAGGGUUUCUUCCAUUUUUUACUCCUUUUCUACUGCUACUAACAGGGAUAUUACUUCUGAUUCUUCUUCAUUUGUGGUUUCUUAUCUGAUUAAUUCAUGUGGAUUAACACAAGACAAAGCUAUUUCUGCUUCUAAAAAAAUCAAAUUCAAAACCACUUCUAAUCCCGAUUCAGUCUUAGCUUUACUUAGAACCUACGGAUUUACUGAAUCUCAUAUUUCUAGAUUAAUCCCUAAACACCCAUUCAUCCUCUUAUCUAAUCCUAAUGAAACCCUUAAGCCUAAAUUAGAGUUUUUCAAAUCCAAAGGGCUUUAUGAAAUUGACCUUCCCGACUUCAUCUCAAUUGGCCCUACGAUCCUAAGACAGAGUUUAAAUAAAGGAAUAAUACCUUCAUUUGACAUCCUUAAGAGCAUUGUUCAAUCUGAUGAAAAUGUCAUUAAAGUGAUUAGUCGAAAUUCUUGGCUUGUUGAAACAAACCAAGUUAAAAGAGUGAUGGUCAACCUAGAGCUUUUGAGAAAGGAAGGUGUUCCUGAAACUAAUUUUUUAAAGUUUCUAAUCCACCAUCCUAGAACAUAUGCAGAAAAUGCCAAUAGAUUUAAAGAGAUUGUCCAAAAGGUUUAA